AUGGGAAUUGAACUAAAUCAAAGUGCAGCAGUUCUUAAUGCACGAGAUUUAAUGCAAAAAAAAGAUCUAAUAGAAAAAGAAAUUAGAGAAUAUGAACAAGUUUUAGAAGGGCAAAAAAUAGGAAUGUUUGAGCCAUUAAUUGAUAGGUCAGGUUUUCCGCGUGAUGAUAUUGAUUUGGUAGCAGUAAGAACAGCACGCGCAAAAAUAAUAUCAAUAAUGAAUAAAAUAGAACAAGCACUACAUGAAAUUCACGCCGAAAAUAAAGCAAAUCGAAUCGAUUCAUCAUCGGAAGCAGAAAAUUCUACAAGAGAAAAUAGAUCAAAACCAUUUGCGAUUAUAAACGCAGUUGCACCUGAUUCGCCAGCUAAAGAAGCGAAAACUUUAGACAUUAGAAUUUUACGUGAAGAAGAAAUUCUUUCAUUAAAAUUAACACCAAGAAGUGGUUGGGGUGAAAGAGGAUUAUUAGGUUGA